AUGUUCCUGAGAAUGAAAAGGAAAUACUUCUUCGGGCUGCGCCAAUCUAAGAAUGGCGCCCCGGCCUUGACAAAAGACAAUCCUAUCUUGGAUGGCUGCCAGCACUAUGACAAGCGAAAGGCUCCGAAGGACAAAUAUAGCCAAGGCUUUCUUACCGAUUCUGAGUACAACGAGAACGAUGGAACGUCUUAA